AUGAACGAGCAUCCUACACCGCCACCGCCACCGCCGCCACGGCGUAUAGUCGUCCUCCCGACGGCCACUGCUGUCCUGACUCGAACCACCUCCAUCUUCUUCACCCGCAAGAAUUUCCUUAUGUUUCUCGUUCUUUCCAUCCUUCUGUCUUUUCAACGUCUUAACAUCGACAUGGCUACUAAUACCCUCACUUCCUACAUCGAUAACCAGUCUUCCAUUCAAUCCUUCUUCUCUCGAACUCACGAACCUCCCAAUCCCACCACGAUCACCGCCGUACGCCGCCCUUUCCUCCAGCUCCCCCUCGUCGGGACUCUAGACAAUGAUUUCUUCACUGAAGACGAUGAGUUCGAUCGUCGCAGCCUCCCAAACCCCCAAUCAAAUUCCACCUCAUUCAUACUCGACUCCUCCGAUUCCCAAUUGGGAUUCUCCAAUUCCGUGUCGAAUAAUGACAUCAACGCAUCUGAAAUCAACGAUUCUGCUCCGAUUGAUGAAACGGCUGAAAGUAAAUCCGACUCGCAGUCCUUGAAGACAUCUGACCUCGAACGCCAUGGAUUUACUGCAUUGUUCUUCCCCUUUGGUGCUUUCUGUGCUUCGUAUGGAUAUCUCGUGCUUGGAUUCGUUUCUACUUAUGCUUACAUUCAUGGGGUUAUAUUCGUAUUGGUUCUGAACGAUUUCUGUAUGAGAUACAACUCUUUCAUCGGGACUUACUUGAAUGGUUGUUCUCUGGGUUUGAAACGAUUGUGUCGCAACAUUCUCAUGAGAUGGAUAAUCAGAUCUGUUUUCUCUCUACUCUUGGGCAUCUGCUUCUUCGGACAAAUUGAAGACAAACAUACACUCGUGAAGAUCUUCGUUAGGUUAAUCUUCAUGCCAUAUUCCAUUUUCUCUCCAUGGGUUAAAGGUUUCGAGAAGGAACGUGAAGACUUCAUUUUACCAUGGCUGUUCGUAGAUUUCUUGACCUCCUUUGCGCUUACUCUGGAUCCUUGGAUAGUUAUGGCGGAUCCAAGAAGAAAUUGGCGGGAAGUUGUACAAGAAGGUUGGAAUUUGUUGUCAUUAUCGCUGCAUCUCGCUUAUAAUCUCAAGAGUUUUGAAAGUAUAGUUUGUGGACCAUAUGUUAGAUGGGUAUUUGCAAGAACAUUUGGGGAUUUCUUUGCUAGAGCUUUACAUUGUUUCAUGGAGGUUUACUUCAUGGUUGCAUGGUUGAUGUAUUACUUGUCUGUGAAGUCCAUUCAUGCUAAUUCUAGUGGUCAACCUUUUGGUCAACGAGAGCUUGAAGCCAUGCUUGGAGAUGUUAGAUGA